AAAACAGGGAUAGGUAACCGCAAUAUGAACCUACACUGGAUAAGGAUAAUCAUAUGAAUCUUAUGUAUUGCUAGUUCAAUGAAUGCACGUACUACUUUCAGUUGUUCCUGUUUCACAAGAGUUCCGAAUUUUCAUGAAACGCGCCUAGAAAUCAAAAUUUUGCAAUCACUAGACAGUGAAUUACCUUUUAUCACGGAAGAAAGAAGAAUUACAGUGUUCUCUCCUCCAUGCUUUUAUACAAAUGCCGAUAAUGUUCAUGUGUAUCUGAUUAUGUGUUUAUUCAGGUAUUAUCAAUUUAUAGGUGAUGUAUUUGGUUCUCUAUAUUUUCUCACAACCGGUGAAAACCCAGCAUUAGAGAAAUUUGAGUCAGUGAAAUAGGUAUGGAAGAACGCUAAACAGCUGAAGUCUUCAUAUCGACAUGACCGUUUUGUUUGUACUCCUAACAAAUUGUGAUCUUUUGGUGGAAUCCCUAAACAAACACUCCAUUUCAGAUUGGACACAUUUUAAAACUAUUCCCAGAAUUAAUAUGCAUGUUCGUCAUCCUUCUAAUGACGUCACAUCAUGUGCUUCCGUCUCCUCUCAUCAUGAACUCAACUCUCCACAAACGGCAAACUCCAUUGGACGAAUCUAAGAUCUCACACAAUGUAUUCACAGUGAACGAUCCAAACGAAAUGGGAGAUGGUAAAAUCAGACAUAAAAGACAAGAAUGCCAAGGCAGUUUCCAGUGUGGCCAUGACCAAUGGUGCUACGACAACAUGUGUGACUAUCCGUGUCCCAGACUCCAAUGUGAAACCGUUCUUCCAGGUGGUCGUUGUAUGGUGAGGGACCACCAACCUGUGUGUGUAACGGCCCAAGGCUUGACUGAGCAGGAAUGGCAGAAUGGAAUAUGCCAGGCCAGUUUCCAAUGUGCCAAUGACCAAUGGUGCUACAACAACAAGUGUGAAAAUCCGUGUCCUAGACUUGACUGCGAAAGCCUUUAUCCGGUAGUUGGUUAUUGUGUGGUGAGGGACCACCAACCUGUGUGUGUAAAUGGAUAAAUAGCCGUGGAUAAAUAAAAUCAAUGAGAAAAUCAAUUCAAAAAAGGAAUAUCACUAUUUCCAAUUUCAAAUUCUAUUGAAUUUUUCACUCAAUAGAACGGAAAUUGAGUACUUAUUACUUGUUAUGAAGAUCAACAAUCAUCAAAUAUGUGAUAUCAGACUUUGAUUGAAGAUUUCUUGAUUAAUAAAAGUAGACUAGUUGUUAAUUCAAUCAUUUCAUGUGAAAAAGGUAUGCAUGAUAAAUAAAUUGAUUAACACAUA